UGGCGUGGCACUACAUUAUAAUUCUCUGUAUAGCACGAAAAGUUAAACUUCGACCAAAGAUAGGAGCUUCAAAAAUGAAUCGUUUGCUGUUCACCCCGAUUGUUCUUGUUCUGAUGGCUCUACCUGCUGUCGCUUUGAAAUGUUACGUCUGCGGUGGUGAUGAAGACGCCUGUAAGAAAAGCAAAUUGGAGGACAACAAGGCCACCUAUUUAAAAACGUGUUUGCUUGGCGAUAAAUGCUUCAGAACCUGGGAAAAACUCAAAGAUAACGAUGUCACAGUUUCGAGCGGAUGCGGUUACCAAUCUACCUGUGACACCCUAAAAUCAGUUUGUGAUAAAGCGAAAGAUACUCUGAAGGACUACCACUGCGCGGUUGGCUGCUGUUCUAGUGACGGAUGUAACGCAGGCACAUCUUUUACCUGCAACAUCAUCCUGUUGGCCGUUUGCUUUCUCGUGAGCCUGGAACUGCUGAAGUAAGCUGGAAACACUUUUACCAGGCUGCUGUUCUCAUAGCUUGCCACUUAUGUCAAGACUUUUAACUUUUUAUUCCUUUUUGCAUCAAUUUUUUCUUGCUUUGGUUUGUUUUGUUUUGUUUUUUGUUUCUGUUUGCUUCUUUUUUUCUGAUAGGUUAUGUUAAACUGGACAGUGGAAUAUUUCAUUUGCGCAGUCUUCAAGAUUAUGUAAAGGUCUUGAGCUAUGAGAAUCUCUAGUGCAAGUUUAACGCGCUGCCAGACAAUAGCAUUUUAAAUAGCUUUUAUACUUACGAUAUAUUAGUUGCAUUAUAUACCUACAUUUAAACUUUGUGAGCUAAGUUCUAAUCAUAGCGGUUUUCUAGUUGUUAGCUUCGCUUUCUCAGCUGGUGGUAGUCAAUAAAGAUUCUCUCAAUGGGGUUAA